AAUACUACAUUUCCCAUGAACACCCGCUGGAUUGAAACUACACAGGACAACAUGGCGAAGAUCGCAGCCUUCCUGAAGAAUGCCUGGAAUAAGGAGCCUGUUCUCGUGACGGCCAUUGCGAUUGGACUGUCGGCUAUUACUCUUCCGUUCAUCAGCCCCUACACAGCAUACGCAGGAAUGAUCAACUCGGCUGUACCGUACAGCUACCCAGUCCCUGUGCGAGAUGAUGGAAACAUGCCUGAUAUCCCUGCUCAUCCAAGUGAACCAAAAGGAAAAAACUUGGAUUGGCUUAAAAACUUGUAACUUCAUGUUUGCAUGAUUGACACUUGCGCCAUUCCUCUUGUUCACGUGUCUGCAAAGUUGCUCUACCUAUUGCUGUCCCACAAUAAAGAUUUAUUUAAUUCUA